ACGUAUUUCUGCCCUUGGUCGUGUAUGGAGAGAAAGGAAGGAUGAAUGGACGGUCUUUGAUUGGCGGCGCUGAUGAUGCCCCUCCUGGUCCUCUUUGGACAGACCCUUUUGGAAAUAAAGCUGUUGAGGCAGCGCGUGGAGGCUUCGCCCGGCUAAGCUUGACCCUGGCCCAUGGGCCACCAGAACAGGAAUCAGAGGACGAGACAGCCAUGGAGAACAGCCCCACUAUGAUUAAAGUGGAUGAAGGUGAAAACCAGGUUUCACCACGUCAAGGGAGCAGGUGCUUCCCCAAAGUGCUUCGCUAUGUCACCGGUGAUAUGAGAGAAUUUGCCAAAUGGCUUAAAGACAAACCCUGGGUACUCCAGUUCAUUGACUGGGUUCUUAGGGGCAUAUCCCAAGUGGUGUUUGUCAGCAACCCCAUCAGCGGAAUCCUGAUUGUGGUGGGACUCCUGGUCCAGAACCCCUGGUGGGCUCUCAAUGGCUGUGUGGGAACGGUGGUCUCCACCCUGACGGCCCUGUUGCUGGGUCAGGACAGGUCAGCAAUUGCAGCGGGGCUCCAGGGCUACAAUGCCACCCUGGUGGGAGUACUCAUAGCAGUCUUUUCAGACAAGGGAAACUAUUUCUGGUGGCUGUUAUUUCCUGUAUGUGCUAUGUCCAUGACUUGCCCAAUUUUCUCAAGUGCACUGAGCUCUGUGUUCCACAAAUGGGACCUCCCUGUCUUCACCCUGCCCUUCAACAUGGCGUUGUCAAUGUAUCUUUCGGCCACAGGACAUUACAAUUUGUUCUUCCCAAGCAAAUUGUUCACACCUGUAACCUCAGUUGCCAAUGUCACCUGGUCUGACCUCAGUGCCCUGCAGUUAUUGAAAUCCCUGCCUGUGGGUGUUGGUCAGAUAUAUGGCUGUGAUAAUCCAUGGACAGGGGGCAUUUUCCUAUGUGCCCUCCUACUUUCCUCCCCACUCAUGUGCCUGCACGCUGCGAUCGGAUCGUUGGUGGGGGUAGUAGCAGGACUCAGUCUUUCGGCUCCAUUUGGGGACAUCUACGAUGGACUCUGGGGUUUGAACAGCUCUCUGGCCUGCAUCGCAAUUGGAGGAAUGUUCAUGGCGCUCACCUGGCAAACCCACCUCCUGGCUCUUGCCUGCGCCCUGUUCACUGCCUACCUCGGAAGCAGCAUGUCAAACCUGAUGGCUGUGGUUGGAUUGCCAUCUGGUACCUGGCCCUUCUGUUUGGCCACACUAUUGUUCCUCUUGCUGACCACGAAAAACCCCAACAUCUACAAGAUGCCCCUCAGUAAAGCCACUUAUCCUGAAGAAAACCGCAUCUUCUACCUGCAAGCCAAGAAAAAGAUGGUUCAAAGCCCUUUGUGACAGCAACCUCCAUCCACAGCUAUGGUCACAAGUCAUUUCCAAUGAACUGCCCCAGUUGACUUCCAGGGUGUCAGAAAACUUGUUUUUCACUAGUAACAACUUUCGUUCUAACCCAUUGGUGAUCUGUUCUUAUGCUAAUUUUGUAUUUUUCUUUUAGACUCCAGGAACAUCCCCAAAGAUGUGAUAGACACAUCCAGAUGAUGUGCCCUGGCUAUGGAAUUUUAAACCCUAGUGGGGCGUUGGUGCUAAGACUGUAACAUAUUUAUAAAGUCAAAGUGCUCCAACAGAGAGAGGAAGUGAGACUGGAACUAAUUAUUAAUAUUUAUUAAUAUUCUUGGUGUUUUGUUGGCUACGUGAUAUUCACAGUAUUAAAAAUUAAGCUCUAUAAACCAAUCAAGCCUUAAGUGAAUGGAAUUCAAGGUCACAAAAUCAAAGUCAACUCAGAAUUCUCUGAUAAGCAGUUGGGCUUGUGAAAAAUCAAUGCAAGUUACACAUUACAGCUGUGGUCAACAUCACAGGGCUUCGGGCUUAUCACUGAGCUCAUUCCCCAGCUCCUCAGCAGAAUGGCCUUGAUGCUGUCUGUUGUGUGUGGGGCAUUCUCUUACACUAGAUGGUUGGUUUUUCUCAGGCUGACAGAGCUGCAGGAGGGAGAAAGGGAUUUUUUCAGUCAAAAUUAUUCUGUACUGUCACUUUUCUUGGAGAUUACAAAGGACUUUUUAGGUAUAAUUUAUUAUUUUUUUCUUAUUAGAAUGGAUUUGUUUUCAAUGAGAUAAAAUAAGAGAAGAUCCUGGCUUCACUAGUUCCUGGAUAUUAAAGAAAAGUUACAUUUUUAUAAAAUACUAAGCAAGGUUAUUUUUACUUUAAGUCCUAAGUUGAUUUUGUAAAUGCCACGAAUGCAUAGAAUCAAGUCAGCAACAUCCAAGGGCCCUUUAAGGUCACAUUUUCAGUUCAUUUGAACAUGUCUUAUAUGUUGUAAAGACUGAAAGUUAAGGUCAGAGUGUUCCUGGGUACUUAGAAGUUGCUGAUUUUCUUACGUAAAAAAAAAUUCAUUAUUUACUACACACUCACAAUAUUCUCGCUCAGAAACCAAUGAUAUUUGAACCACCAAAAAGAAAUACAGAUACAGGGUUCUCUUGUUUUUCUUUUUUUUUAAUUUAAAAGUUAUCAGUCCUAUAAAUAUUCUAUAACUAAACGUGCUGAAGAUGGCGGUGGAAGGUUAUGGUCAUUACCAUCCACUUCGGGAUGUAUCAAUUCAGUAUUUUGGAGGAUUCAGAAAGUGAACCUGUGGAACCCUAAAGGUUUUUUUCCUCUUUGGGUUUGCAGUGCUCAGUGCAAAAUAUACAGUUUGCUGAAUGACUAACAGAAGAAGGGAAGUCAACCUACACAUAUUUUAGGGAGAAGUUCACUUCUUCCUUUUGAAAACAAACAUUGCUCCAAUUGAAAAACCCUGUGACCAAAGCCUUUUGAAACCAGGAAUUUGCAACUGUCAUAGAGUCAUGUAUAUUCCUGUGAAAAAACUAAAUUUUCAGUGUUUGAACUGAAAUCUCCCUUGUUAGGGAAUUUGCAAAAUAAGAGUUGGGCGGGAGGACA